CCAACAUUCAACUUAGACCGCCAUCUUUGACCACCACAGUGCCACCAACAACAAUGGAGCUCACCCCGGCAUCUUCUGCGCGUCACUUUAUGAAAGUCCACGUCGAGAUCCCUCCUUCUCCUCUUCGCCUAUAUCACAGGCCUACCUUUGCUUCCCCCCUUCCUACCACCAGCAGUUGCAUCAAAGAAAACACGGCUCUCUCAAGAAUACCCAGUAAUAAUAUAGUUUCGCUUAACUAUACGAUGAAGAGAAAAGCAGAUGAUCAAGAGACAGCUGGGUCUGCCAAGAAAGCUAAAUCGAUUCCUACGGGUGCCCCAGGUGUGUACUGCCAUCAGUGUAAUAAAAAGCGCGAUCCUAUCGACUGUCUUCAAUGCACCUCGACACAAACGCGUGCUGGUCAAGCCGCGUCGCGUCGUUGCAGCGUGAAAUUCUGCCGUACAUGCCUCAAGAAUCGAUACAACGAAGAUUUGGACACCCUCAAGCUGUCUGAUGGCUCAGUCGGUAAAGAGGGCCAUACUAAAGAAGCAAGCUACGUAUUCAAAUGCUAUAAAUGUAGGGACAUUUGCAACUGUUCCCGCUGCAGAAAGGUUAAAGGACUGGCACCUAUUGGGAACCAACUACAUAUUGCCCGUAAGGAAGACAGCAAAUCUUUAGGACCUACUAUCGCGAAAGCCAUUUCUUCUGCAAACAACGACUCCGGGAGACCUACCACUGCUGAGGCCCGUACCACUACUGUCAAGAAGACGAAGAAGAGAGUCACGCCAAGUCUAGCCUGGACCAGUAUAAAAUCAAAUCUCAGCGCUGUUGACGCUGAAGCACGGAUUUUCAUCAGAGAAUUUGUUCUACGCUUUGCACAGUCAACGGGAUCAGGUAUCAGUAAAGCGCAUCUUGAAGAGAUGGCUCAUAUCGGAGGAAGCGGAUGUGCAAGCGAAGAUGACGAAUUGGUCGAAUGGAUAAGCGAACCUGCCGUCAAGUCCAUUCUCUUGUGGCUGUUGGGUCUUUUAUCGUCUGAAGAAUGCGAUGGGGCUAUCGUAAAGCUGAUCAAAGUCUGCUAUAAAGAUAUCCGAGGAUCAGGUGCUAACCUCAACAAAAUGUGGGAUAUUCUCGCUGUCCUGCGUCAUUCUAUCGAGAAUAUCAAGCACACUGUCUUCAUACCCGACCCUCUGCCCUGUCCGGACUCGGCAGUAACGCAUAACACUCGCAGUGCGCGAGGUUCGAACCGUCCCUACAACUCGAUUUUCAUUGCAUCUUCCGCACAACUAGUUCCUAUCGUCCUCAGUCUCGUAGAGGCUGUGCUUCAGACACAAGCUAUUAGAGCCGAGAUCGAGGAUGGUGUGAAGCUUGGAAAAGAUCAGACUAGAGAAAAGCAAGAAGCUGUGAGAAAGGAACACGAACGGUGGGAAGGUAUGAAAGGGUCUGCAGAUGGUAAAAAAGGCUUCGAGGUGCAAGAGCUCAGACUGAAACGUCGUGAGCAUAAAGAAAUCAUCGAAAACUUGGACCGCGCGCUCAAAGUUGCCUCUCACGAUUUCUCUCUGCGCUCGGGUCCUUUGGGUACAGACGGAGAUGGUAGGAUCUACUGGGCCCUCUCACCUGGCGUAAACGAUCGCCAAUACGCUAUGCAGCUUGUUUCCGCGAUGGCAGCUGGGACAAAGAAACCCAAGAAAAGGAGAGGUUGUACUCGCGCAGGGAAGGACGGAUCAUCUCUGUUGGACUGGUCGUCUUUCAUCGCUGUUUGGGGCCAGAAGCCGAAGACGGGUAUGCUUUUAACCCACGAAGAUGACAGUGCUGAGGAUACGGAGAUGGACCAAUGGUGGGGCUUCUCGGACCCUGAGGACAUCAGAAAGCUGGCGGAUUGGCUUUCCAUUGUUUCAGGCCUGGAAGAAGAUGGGUCAGAAAGCCCCUCGACCGUCAAUGAUGCCGUCAGAAAUGGCAAUUCUGUCAAAGCUCUCGUUCAUAAUUUGAAGGACUAUGCCACCGUUUUGGCGUGGAGAUGCAAGGAUGAGAUUGAAUAGAUUUCAGCUCGUUGGAGAAUGCUUCUGUUACUUAUCAUUAUUUCUUUCCUCGGUCUGUUAUGAUACCUUGACGUUGGCGUAGAUAAUUCUCAAAAUACAUUUGUAUACCGGUGCUGCAAUGUUACAGCCAACUCUUCUUGCCCUAUCG